UUCCAACCCGACAGGUUCUAAAUAGGUUCCGAAUGACCCUAGAUGAGGCUGGAUUUGAAAGUAUUCUAAUCGUCUCUCUUGGGUUGGGAAAUUAUUUUAACCUUAAGUACAUGCUGGAUCAGAUUGCAGAUGCACACGAAGAUCCACACAUGGAGGAACAUUUGAAUUCAUUGAUCAAUAUCAACACUAUUCUACUUUCUACAUUCGUGAGUACAAUAUCACUAACUAUGGCGCAGGUGAAAGCGCAUGAUACCCAGCAUGAGUAUAGUAUGUCUACCAAGCAGAAAUUACUUCAUGUCCUGGCAUGCACAACCAACACUGUAUCCUUCCUGCUCACGUUUUCAUGCUUUGCAUGCCUCUGUAUGUUCUGGUGCUGUCAUACGUUUUUCCUAACUGAUGUAGGUGGAGUACCCUACUACCUGGGGAUGCUAAUGACAGGAAUAGUUUGUCCCAGUUUCUCAGGUCUACUGAGGGUGAUAACUUUGUUCUUUACAAAACGUUUUUAUCGUAAAGAACAAUCUUUGCUAAAUAAAAAUGGGUAUCCAUUCAGAACAAGCAGGAUUUCUAAAAUCUUCAACCCUGCUGAGGUUCUUCAGCUACCAACAUCUAGCACUAAUAUUAACAGUUACAACUCAGUUCAUUCUACAACGAUUCUUGUGAAUUUCAGUAAGCAGUUCAUUGCAAACAUCAUAAUGAUAGUUGUGCAGCUUCCUCAACUUGUGAUGAACCUCUCAUACUAUAGAUUUGAUAUAUCAAAAAGCUCAGAAUGGCGAUCAUUUCUAAGUAUCUCUCUUGUGUUGGUCCCUGUCUGCUUCUACAUGUCCUUCUUCUUCCUGUGGCUUUGCUAUAAACUUGACGAGGGGUACUUUAUACAAUCCAACAUGUUCUUCAAAUAUAAGAAAAGAUGUUUAAAAACAAGUUGUAAUGGAAAGGAAAACCUGGAGCUACAAGAGGAUAUAAUUAAUGAUGCUUCAAGAUUUAUUCAAACCUGCCAGGAAUAUAGAGAAGAUCUGCAUACAUCGGCUGAAGCAGAAGUUAAGUUACUUUGCUGCACUAUUCGCAAGGAUUUGAUGUUUUCAGGUAAUUUAAAAAGUAUUAAAUUGUUAUAA